AUGUCUGACUCACAUCUUAUUAGUCGUUUACAAAACUCAAGUCGUCAAAAUGCUUCGACCCCCAUCACCAGUGUGAAGAAGUCACUGAAGCCCAAAAGCGCAUUUUGUAUCAAAACUUCGAAGAAUUGGGUCUUGCCUCCUCGUCCAAAGCCUGGAAGAAAACCUUCGACAAAUGCCACCAACAACCCAGACUCAAAGAAGAGAAAGAACAAAAACUCCUGCAAAUCAAAGUCUAUUCUUAAAAACGGUGUUGCCAAUAGCCACAAUAAUAAUGUCAAUAUGUCCUCUGGCAUUCCUAACUCUGUGGCUGCCAGACCAAUGUCAAUGUCAACAUCAUCUCAAACUUCCAAUGAUUCGUAUGCCAAGCAUGUGCAAUUUGCUAACCAGCCGGUGGUUCCAGAAGAUGGUUUACUCGAAAUCGAAAUCAUCCGGGCCAACCAAGAAAACUCGGUUCUCAAGGAAGAGCUUUCUAAACUUGUGUACGAUUUGAAGAGCCUUAGACAACAACUCAAUGAUUGUUCAGCCAGCCCUGAAGAAAAAGGGACCAAAAAUGUUUCCAGUCCUUCAACUGAUAUCCAAUCUCCUGUUAGCUCACUUGAAAUGACCCAAAACUCUUCAUUGAUGUCGUUUGAAUCGGCACCAGGGUAUACAGACGGUCACAGUCCAGCUUCCUCCAACUAUAUCGAUGAUCAUGAUUACAGUCUUCAUAGAAAAAGAACCCAUGAAAUUUUUGAAGUUGAUGAUCAUGAGGAUGAUGACCAUUCCAUAAAACUCUUGAAACACGACAACUUUGAUCUUUUCGGUGGUGAGAGUGCUGCCGAGUCCAUUGUUCACUCACAUAACUACAAUAGAUCAAGAACUCCUUCUCUUUUCAAUCCUCCAAAUUCUCUUCCAGAUACCAGCAAUCCUACUCAUUCCAAUUUCUUUGAUGACUUCUUGAUCAACCCUCAACAACCAGAGGAAGAGGAUGAUGACUUGAUGAUUUUUGAAAAACCAACGGCUCAGUUUGAACUUGCCACAAACAACAAUAAUUCAAGUUUGACAUUAUCAAAACACAGUACCCUCAACUCUGACUUUGAAGAAAUCAACAAGAUUGAUACAACCACCACUGUUGAUCCCGAAGAAAUGGAACGGUUUUUCAAUAAGGUCAUUGACUUGCCAGAAUCUUUGGAAGAAGAAAACCAACUCCAAAAUGCCGACGCGUUGGAUAUUGAUGAAUUCAUGGAUUUUACUUUUUUGAAAGAUAUAGAAAGUACUUAA